AGUCGUCCGCUCCGCGUCGGGCCGGAUCACCGCGGUUCACUCUGACCGACCAGAGGAGCUCACAGUGCGGGUCAAACAUGGUGAAAAUAACCACGGUGAAGACCAAGCCGUACGCGGACCAGAAGCCCGGCACGAGCGGCCUGAGGAAGCGGGUGACCGUGUUCCAGCAGAACCAGCACUAUGCGGAGAACUUCAUCCAGAGCACCAUCUCCGUCGUGGAGCCGUCCGAGCGGCAGGCGGCCGCCCUGGUGGUGGGAGGGGACGGCCGCUUCUUCAUGAAGGAGGCGAUCCAGCUCAUCGUGCAGAUCGCCGCCGCCAACGGGAUUAAUCGUCUGGUGAUUGGUCAGAAUGGCAUCAUGUCCACGCCUGCAGUCUCCUGCGUGAUCCGCAAGAUAAAGGCAGUCGGGGGCAUCAUCCUCACAGCCAGCCACAACCCAGGUGGCCCCAAUGGAGACUUUGGCAUCAAGUACAACAUCGCCAGUGGAGGACCUGCUCCAGAGGCCAUCACAAACAAAAUAUUUGAGGCCAGCAAAAGCCUGCAGGAGUAUCACAUCUGCCCAGAGCUGAAAGUGGAUCUGGCUACAAUUGGCAAGCAGACAUUUGAAGUGGACACUUUCAAACCUUUCACAGUGGAGAUCGUGGACUCGGUGGACGCCUAUGCUGAGAUGCUGAGAGGCAUCUUUGACUUUGCAGCACUGAAGGAGCUUCUCUCUGGAGCAAAUCACAUUAACGUGCGACUGGAUGCUAUGCAUGGAGUGGUCGGUCCUUACGUGAAGAAGAUCAUCUGUGAGGAGCUGGGUUCUCCUGCCAACUCGGCCAUCAACUGCGUCCCCAAGGAGGACUUCGGGGGCCACCACCCCGACCCCAACCUGACCUAUGCUGCCGACCUGGUCAACACCAUGAAGGGAGGAGAAUAUGACUUUGGAGCCGCUUUCGAUGGUGAUGGUGACCGUAACAUGGUGCUGGGUAAACAUGGCUUCUUCGUGAACCCCUCAGACUCCGUGGCUGUCAUCGCUGCCAACUUCGCCAGUAUCCCUUACUUCCAGAAGACUGGUAUCAAAGGACUGGCCCGCAGUAUGCCCACCAGUGGAGCCCUGGACAAUGUGGCCAAAGCUCUUAAGAUGCAGCUGUACGAGACUCCAACUGGCUGGAAGUUCUUUGGGAACCUGAUGGAUGCCGGCAAACUCUCCCUGUGUGGAGAGGAGAGCUUCGGCACCGGCUCAGAUCACAUCCGUGAGAAGGACGGCCUGUGGGCGGUGCUCGCAUGGCUGUCGAUCUUAGCCACCAGGAAACAGAGCGUGGAAGACAUCAUGAAGGAUCACUGGCAGAAGUUUGGCAGGAACUUCUUCACCAGGUACGACUACGAGGAGGUCGACUCAGACUCGGCCAACAAGAUGAUCACGGAACUGGAGACGGCGAUGUUCGACCCGUCCUUCGUAGGAAAGAAGUUGUCCUCGGGCGAUAAGACUUACGAGGUGGCUGUGUCGGACAACUUCUCCUACACGGACCCUGUCGACGGCAGUGUUUCCAAAAACCAGGGCCUCAGGAUCAUCUUCUCCGACGGCUCCAGGAUUAUUUUCCGUCUCAGCGGUACAGGCAGCGCGGGAGCAACCAUCAGGCUCUACAUUGACAGCUAUGAGAAGGACCCCCAGAAGAUUUACCAGGACCCACAGGUCAUGCUGGCUCCACUCGUAGACAUCGCCCUGAAGGUUUCUCAGCUCCGGGAGCGGACUGGACGUACCGGCCCGACUGUGAUCACAUGAUUCCUCAGCAACUGGAGGGGGGGGGGUGAAGCUGCCCUCGAAUUCUGUCUUGUGUUCCGUUAAAAAAACCCCACAGAGCUGGAUGUUCAAGUGAAACCCAAACAUCCCGUAUUCCAGUAUCCACUGCCGCCUUAUAGUGUUGAUGUGCGUUCAGACAAAUUCCUAAAAAAUGUAAGAUUUGAAAUUAUUAACAAAUUUAAGGGACAUUUUAAGGGGAUUUAAACACUCAAAUCUAAUCUGUUUGUUCACGUGUUUCCAUAUCUGUCUCUGAUCUCUCAUACAUCACAAGUUGGGGCAGUCUCACCCCCCGUGUCAAUACAUUUCCCCCGACUGACCCAGUGCCUUCCCUCUCCCUCUGUUCUCCACCACCACCCUAACUAAAGCCUUGAGAACUAACUCAUCCACCAUUAAUAAAAGAUAUUUACGUCUCAAAUAA